UGCUAUCCCUACCACUGCACAGUUCUUCUACAGGACACACGUUUAUGUUUACAUAUUUAAAUGUACCCACCAGUAGUUUAUAAGUAGUGAAUUGUCCGUUUAACUUGUAAUUUAAACUGUGGAGUAGAUUGCACGUGUGUCUGAAAUGUACCUGGUUGUUUUUUCGUUCUGAACCGUGUCUAUUAUGUACCACGGCAUUGAUAUUCAAACAGCAUAUAUGAUAAGUACCUCUAACUGUGGAAUACCGGUACACGAGCCCUGAUAUAUUUAUAUAUUGCAUUUGAUUGAAUUGGACAUUACAUGAAAAAAAAAUGAGUAAGCAAGUGGGAGAUGACCAAGCUAACGAAACUACCUUGAAGGCAGAAAAACCUCAGGAUAUAAAGCUACAAGAAAAGCCGACAAAGCGUUCAAGGGAAGAGAAAAUGAGAAAAAAGGAUGAAAAAAGCGCUGAAUAUAUGUUGAAAACAUUGAAUAAUUUGUCUACUCCUGAAGAAAAAUUAGGAGUAAUGUACCAGAAGUACGCUGAAGUGAUAAAUGAUCACAGAAUGUUACAGAACACAAUAAAAGCAUUGGAAAAGAAAUUGAAUAUUUUACAAAAGGAAAAAGAGCAGUUACAAACGGAACAUAAUAAAGCCAUUUUGACAAGAAGCCGUUUGGAAAAUCUAUGCCGUGAACUACAAAGGCAAAACAAAGCUAUCAAAGACGAGAGCAUCAAUGCAAUGAAAGAAGAAGAGGAAAAAAAACGAGAGGUAGCAGCGAUGUUUCACUCGACAUUGACUGAACUUGGAAAUUUAGUGUCAAAAAACAAUGAUAAAAAUAACAAACUUAGAGAUGACAAUUUAGACAUGUCGACAAAACUGAAAAAUGUCUGCGAACAGUAUGAAAAGAAAGAACAGCAUGUUGAUAAAUUAGCUAAACAGUUAGAAUUAGAAAUGCAACUUACAGAGGUCAAACUAGCGAAGGCACAAAUGGAGAUGGCCAUUGAAAAGGAUACACUAAAUAGAGAAAAACAACAACUGCUACUGGAACUCGCACAGUGUAGAGCUAUAAAUGAAGAACAUCAAAAUACAGAACAAGGAUUGAGAAAUCAGAUACAAAUGUAUAAUGACAAGUAUGACGAAUUUCAUAAAGCCCUUAUACAGAGCAAUGAAGCUAUUAGCGGUUUCAAACAAGAAAUGGAAAGGAUGGCCAAACAAAUCUCAAAAUUAGAGAAAGAAACUAUGUCGUGGAGGACAAGGUACGAAUCAACCCACACAGCACUCUUAAAAAUGACCGAUGAGAAGCUUAGCAGUGACCAAAAUGCCUGCAUUACCCUCAGGAAGUUGACUGCGUUGCAAGGGCUCUGCAGAAAGUUACAAGAACAGUGCACUUUCCUUAGGGAUGAAUUGAAAAAAAAGGGUUUUAAUCCAGAUGAGCUAGAAAAGAAUCAAACUCAAGCCAACUCCGAUAAAAAGUUAGUCAAUGACGAGGAGAAACCCUUAGAACAUGAUAAAAAAAAUUUGGUUGAAGACGAGAGUAAACCUAUGAAUGCGUCGCCAUCCCAGGAAACUGAUUUGUCUGUGAAAGAACUAAAAAGUGAAGGCGCUGAGCGAAAUGACGAUUCUUCUCUCAAUAAUGCAGUAAUACUUGCAACUGAAGUACUGUCUGGGGAAGCAGUGUUAGAUUCGCCCUCAUCGCAGCCUAAAACUCCACAAAAUGAAACUAGUCCAGUCACUGAGCACUCGCUAGCUAAUGACAAAGAUUCAGCCAGAAGUGAUCAAGCUGGAGAAGAGGAGCUUCAAAAAUCUCAAGAACAUCUUGAAAGUAGUGCUGAUGAAGAGGUAAAGAGAGGUGAAACCAAAGUCGAAGACCAAACACAGCAAAAGAAAAAGAACAAGAUAAAGAGAAAAUCUAAAAAAUAAUAAUUUUUUUUAAAUUGUAUGUUACCUUAAUAAUAAUAAAUAAAUGCCCUUCCAUUUUUGAAUUUUUCAAAGUUGCUUGACAAACAUCAUCUCGAACUUAGAUCACUCAAUAUAGUUAAUUCACAUAUUUUCUAAUAUUUUAGAAUGAUUAAUAAAGAUCCUCUUGAAUAUUAAUUAAAAUUUAAAAUUAGCCUUGUUGAUAGCAUAAAAUAUAAAAUUGAAAAUGAUUAUAGAGAAGAAUCAAGUCAAGAUUAAAAAUUAGUAAAAUAAAAGUCAAACUUUAGUUGAUUUGCUUUGUUCAAUACACACAUUUAAGCAAAUUUGCCUAGCUUGCCUGCUCAAGAAAAUAUAUCGUGAGGUAAAUAGGGCCUAACUUGUUGGAAGGACCGAGUCAAAUUAGGCUUACAAAAUUAAUGUAUUUAAAAUAGUAUUGUUUACAAAAUUUUUUUACAGAUUUGUUUUAAACAAGCCUGUCAUUAGUUCAAUUAUGAAAAGCACAUUUUUAUUACAUAGUAAAAAUUCUGAUACAUCAAUACUUUCAAAAAAAGUCUGUAGUCUCUCAUGCUAUAUGCAUAAAAGCAUGAGAGACAAUCAAUAGUAUAUUUUAUAUAAACCAAUUUUUUGAUUUCUGUUUGAAAACAUGAGUUAAUCAAAAGUAGAAAAAUAGCUCAAUUUGUUUUUAAUGAAAAUUUGUUAAUAAAACCCAUUUUGAUAAUUUU